GACCCCGCGGGGGGCGAAGACGGCUGGACGUGGGCGCCGCUGCCUUGGCAGGCCGACGGCUUUCAGGACGACCCUGCGGAGCGCCCGCUGCCCACGGCGCCCGAGGAUCCCUUCGCCGCCUGCGGCCAGGGCUCGGCCGCGCCGUACGAGGACGCAGUCGCCGCGGUGCUCGCCGCCGCCGCCAAAGUUCUGGCAUCGAGGCUCGAGUCGAGGGAAGAAGCACGAUGA